CGCGCCCCAAUCCCUCUCACGACGCGGUCGGAGAAGCUUCGAGCACCUUCGACGAUUUCCUUGGCGUCUACGACCCGCGAUCCCGAGAUUAGGGUUUCCGAUCCCCGCCAUUCCCUCUGUUUAUCUAACGAAAUCUCCGAGAGCUCGCCGGAGAAUCGAGCCCCGCGGCGGCGCCGGAGGUGGCGGUGGAGGUGGCGGUGAGGUGAGGGUUAGGGUUAGGGUUUCGGUGAUCCCUCUCAAAUGCUUUUGCGGUUGGGAGGAUGCGCCAAGCUUCGGCGAAUCGGAGGUCGGAUUACCUCAAGGCCCUCACGCAGGAGAUCGAGCGGAAGCUCCAGAAGGCAUUGAGCUCUUCCUCGCAGCGGAUUGAGCUGUUGCAGCAGUUGUUUGCGGAUAUAGCUCUAGAGGUGGAUGAUCGAGCUCGAGACAUAAUUCUUAACAGGGAUGAACGUGGUGCUGGUUUAAUAGAGGACAGAAUAGAAAGCUGUCUAUGUUUUUAUGAGGUUCUUGCUGAUCAUUAUGUUAGCGUACCGGAAGAUGGGAAGCGCAUUUUGGAUUUGAUUGUCCAACUUUGGAGCCAGUCCUUUGUGUCACAUAUAUUUACCCUCCUUUUCCAUAAAUGGUUGUUUGAAGUUCCUCUUGAGGAAACCGAAGCAUUGUUACGUUAUGGAUCCGCACUUGUUCAAGGUGCCACAAAUGUUUUCUGGAUUGACAUACAAACAAAUACAAGGCGCUUUCUAUCUUUGUUCCAUUAUCUUCUUGAGGAGGUUGCGCUGGUCCCAGAUCGCCGUGAUAGGAUUUCAUUGCAGGCCUGUCGAGACCUCUUUCUUCUUCUCUCCAGAUUUAUUCUAUUCUAUGAUCUAGAUUACUUGCUUGAAAGAUUUUUAAAGGAAUUUCCUACUUUCCCAAAUUCUUUCUUGGUGGGCGGUCCAGCUGAUUUCUUUGUUAUUGAGCUCACUGAUCAGCUUCAGAAGUUAAAAGUUGAGCCGGUACUUCUACAUUACCUCUCUCGCAUGAGCGUUCUUCAAGCAAGAAGCUACUCGAAAGAUGCUGCAAAAGAGCUGUUGGUGCCUUUCUGGAACAGAGGGAGGGGCAGGGGUUAUGAGUCUUAUGACCACUUCCCUCCCACUCCCUACCCAAAAUCCUGGGUGAACCAAAAAAUGUUUGGGAUUGGAACUGAGGAUGACUACAAACACAAGAUUGAAGGCAUGCCUUUACAGCUUCACGUCUCCUGGUGGUCCCACUUAUCCAACAAGAGCUGUGCGACAUGCAGCGUGGAACACAUUGGAUUUGCUUUUCCCUGUUGGUCGUUAUCCGCGGCACGUGAUAAGCCUAUUUUUUCGAUUGCUCUAUCCAUGGUAUUGGCCCUCUUCUUGUUGGAAUUUUGUCCUGACCUGCAUCCGCACUGUUCUGUACUACAUACUGAACCUCAUUGUCUCUAGCUGGGAAAGUAUGAGGCGUCCCAAGAAUGCAUAGACAAAUUCUUGGGUGACCGCACUCUACCACACUCUCAGCGCGCACAAACUUCAACUGGAAAUUUUUGUUGUAGUUUUUGGUUUUCUGUUUUUGAAAGUUGUAUGCUGUCAUUUUUGUCUCUGUAUUUCAGAAAUUUGCACGUAUACGUCUGCUUUUAUUUCAUUGUCUGCUGUUUUUCGAAUCGGGACAAACUCGGAUUGUAAUGUAUCUGGUAGGCUUGGUUUCAGGUUGAAUGCAAACAAUAACACUUGUAGUAUAGGUCAAAAUUCCAAAUUUGCUUA